AUUAGGUCAGCGGUGACCACUAUAUUAACUCCGUUUGGUCUCACUCUUACUCAAAAUACAUCGAGUGUUUGACGGUUUCUAAACAAAUUUUACAGACAUUUAAACAUUUCUUUUGAAGAACCACCUACAGCCAUGGCACCAAUUCUUCUCAACUGUAUGGGAAGUGAGCACAAGGACUACAUCAAACAACAGGUUCAAGUAAAAAAUCCUUAUUUGGACUCGAUGGAAGAGGACAUUCUGUACCACCUCAGCUUGAGCACAAAGACUCACAACCUUCCAGAAAUGUUUGGUGAUAUUAAGUUUGUGUGUGUGGGUGGCAGUGCGAAUCGAAUGAAGGCUUUUGCCCAAUUCAUGCACCAGGAGCUGAACCUACCAGGAAGCCCAGAAGAUAUCACAGAUAUCUGUGAGGGGACCGACCGCUACUGCAUGUACAAAGUUGGACCAGUGCUCUCCAUAAGUCAUGGAAUGGGUGUCCCUUCCAUCUCCAUCAUGCUUCACGAGCUCAUCAAACUGCUUCAUCAUGCCCAGUGCCGUGAUGUUGUUUUGUUUCGCUUGGGAACAUCCGGUGGAGUCGGUCUGGCUCCAGGCACGGUCGUAAUCACUGAAAAAGCAGUGGACUACUCUUUCCGCCCUCAGUUUGAACAAGUUGUUCUGGGUAAAGUUAUCACUCGGAGUACAGAGCUGGAUGAAGGCGUUGCUAAGGAUCUUCUGCAAUGCUCCUCCGAGUUGCAAAACUUUCCAUCUGUUAUUGGAAACACCAUGUGCACCCACGACUUCUAUGAAGGCCAAGGCAGGCUUGAUGGAGCUCUCUGCUCUUUUUCUCACGAGGAAAAACUGGAGUAUCUUAGGAAAGCCUACGAGGCUGGAGUGAGGAAUAUCGAGAUGGAGUCCACCGUAUUUGCUGCCAUGUGCCGAGUCUGUGGGCUAAAAGCGGCUGUGGUGUGUGUUGUGUUGCUGAACCGCUUCGAGGGCGACCAGAUCACCUCGCCACAUGAUGUUCUGGUGGAGUACCAGCAGAGACCUCAAGUCCUGGUUUCCCACUAUAUCAAGAAACGCUUGGGACUCAUCGCCUGAAUUCUUUGCCCCUCCUAACAGCUGUAUAGAGCUUUGACUACCAUGUAGAUAUGUACAUACAUGUACUGUACCUAAUGUUAAUAGUCGGAUUAGACAAAUAUUUAAGUUUUUUAUGAUUUGAUUGAACUUUGAACAGUAUUUCUUUUACAUCUAUUUAAGUGUGUGUUGUAUCUUUUCAUAUUAAAUUAAUUGGUAUUUAUGUAAGAUAACACAAGUCUUUGCAAUGAUGUGUUCUGUGUGCUUAUUUUCAUAA